GAGUUUAACCUGCUUUGUCAAAAUUGGAUUAUUUGUGAUAAAUGCUCUCCAUGCCAUUAAGCCUGUAGUUAGCCUGUGGUACAUUGAGCCCGUGGUGAGCCUGUGGUGACCGUAAAAAUGAAGCAGAAACUUAGUUUGGCAGCUUUCCUGGGUGUAUUAAUCUGCAAAUAAUAUGAAAUAUUUGAAAUGAUCAAAGCUGUAUUUCUGAACUCUCAUUCAAAGUGGAAAAGAGAAAGGUAUUACUAAAGGAAGGGUGAUCUCCUAUGCUGCGCAGAUAGCGGAGGGAAUGAUGUUCUUGCACAGCAAGGUAAGUUAUCAUUGGGCAAUGGAGGCCAACCGUUCAUUAAACCUUAAUUUUUGACCUACAAAUAAAGAAAAAUACAGGCAAAACAAAGGCGUAAAAUUGUCAAGAGGUCAGUGAAUUGGAUGACAAAGCCAAAAGCUUGACUCCAGGUUUCAUAUCGUUAGUAGCUUGAAUAUGAUUCUCUGGGCGAGUGCAAUGACACUUUUAUUCUCGGUUACUGGCCUUUCGUUACCUCGUUUGUGAUGUAAUUAUUAGAGUCAAAGGUCCGUGUGUCACUUAUUCCUGUAUGUUCUGUGGAGACCAACAGGGCAACUCCCUUAUAAAACUGUUUGAUCACCUAUCGGAAAUCACCUGUUGUUAACAGUUAUUAUCAGUUAUCGAGUAACAUUAAAUAUAAAAGCUUUUGAAAACGUUUAACAUUGCUUGUUAUUUAUUUUGAUGGGUUCUAGUCCCCCGGCUAAAUCACCAUCUGCGCUUACCACAUUUAGAAGAUGAAUUCAACAUACCAUUCGAUGGAAUAUUGCUAAGCAGCCUAGCUGUUUAUGGCUGAGUGAGCCAAACAAAAUGGUGUACACCGCUAUCCAAAGACGAAAUAGCCCAAUUUCUGACGAAAACUGAGCGGACGAAAUGCAAUAAUACACAAAAAGAAUUUUGCUCGAUGGAUGUCAUCUACUUUUCAAGGUGUACUCGCGGGAAAAAAAAAAAAAAAACAUUUGUUUAUAUUACGAUACCGUGCCGAAAAACAAGAAAUGUUCGAGGAAUGUCUACGAGAAAACAAGUUUGUUAAGAACUUGGAGAUAUUUUGAAGGAGUAAUAAGACAAAUGCUUAAUUCGGCUUUCGUAUGAUGAGAACAAUUAUGGACCGCGGUGUAUAAAAUCAUCCUCGCUCUGCAUAAUUCUUCACAUCACACUCAGCCUCUUUUAAAAGUUGCUAAAUUAAUGUUGCCGUUUUAUUUAUUAACCUUUAGGACUGCGUUCACGGACGCCUUAGUGCGCACAAUGUGUUGGUGGCCAGUGAAGACUGCGUCAAGAUCAGUGACUCUGGAUUGUUGAACUUGGUGGAGAACAAACAGAGCUUCUAUGCCUCCAGAAAGGAAAAUGGGUAAAGCAGCCAAACUUACGUAUUUAUAUUUUCAAAUUGGUCCUCUUGGAGCACUUGGUUUUCUUCUAACAGACAUCAGAUAAAAUAUGACAUUUGCAUAGCGUCAGGAAACCUAACCCAUAGUCAGUGGCUUUAUAGUCAAUGUUUAUUACAGCAUUUUUAUCGUGUAUCGUGUUUGAUUUUGCUAACAGUUGAGUUUGUUUACGUCCCGGUUAGGUUCAGCUACUGUUGGUUUUCACCUCUGUCGCUCCAGUCGCAUUCUUUCGACAAGAAAAGCGAUGUUUGGGCUUUUGGUGUGACUGUCUGGGAGAUGUUUGUGAUGAAAAAGCCCUUUCAUUGCAACUUGGAAGACCGAGUAUUAACAAGAGACGAGGUGAACAUUUUCUUGGUCAUAGCUACAAUCAUGGACUAAAGUCUUGGCACACUUUUGCAUUUCAAAUGCAGAGAGUUUGGUGCGUUUUCUAAUUCACACAUGCCCAACCCCUCCUCUCACGCGAUAAAUAACGCGUUGGACGCGCGUAUCCAGAAUUUAUUCCGAGUUUCAACUUUGUAUAAGGUUAGGGCGGGGGAGGGGUGGGGGGAGAGAACUGCAAGGAAGCUCUUCUUUAUGAGGGAACCCAGAAAUUACAGAAAUAUGAAUACUGCUUUACUGUCCCAAGGACGUUUGUCCAUGAUUGUAGUUGUUAUAAACAGCUGAAACCAUAUUGAAUGUUUAUAGUAUUGUGAAGACUCUUGUGAACAUUUUGGGAGGACGAAUUAAUCCUUGCCUUAUCUGCCUGUUGAGUAAAAAACCAUCCCUUGCUUAACUAGUUAGCCAGAGAACUUAGCGUGUUCGGUUGGUAGCUGUGUAAUGUUUUCUUUGAAUGAUUCCUCGUUUUCAUUCUGAGUAUUAUUGCAGCUGAUUUACAACCACUUCACAGAAUAAAAUAAAAGGCGAUAAAGCAGUGUAUAGAAUGUUUUAUUUGACUCUUCACAAUCAGGAACUUUCAGCAUGCACUCUGCUUGUUGCAGGGUAGCUGCGAUAUGGAUUACAAAACCUGCAAGCGAGUUUUUUGUGUCAUAUUGGACUACAGUAAAAACCCGCGAGGAAAAACCUGGUCUUUAAGAACCUGAGGCCCCCUCUUGAACCUGUUUAGCAUAAAAUUCGACACAGGUUCCCAUUUUCUAAAAUCUAUGAAGACUUUCUGUAUACUGCUUGGGCAAAUAAGGUAUUGUGUUACAAUACAUGUAUGCUAUGUUCUGAAGGAGGACUUCAAAAUAUAUCUGGUCAGUGCUUCAGUUCUUCUUCUUAAAGUCAUUUUUACAUAAAUGCUAAUUUGGUAUUCAGAUUUUAUGUAAGAAAUAAGUUGAAUACCACUAAAUACUCUUAACUACAAUGUAUUUUUCCAUCAGAGAAUAAGAACGUAUUUGAGAACCUAAAUAGCCUACCAUUUAUGUAACAACUUGUGCAGGCUUUCUUCGGAAAAUACAGGUACCGUAUUUACGAGGCCCUAAUUGGUGUGAUUUUUUUUUUAAUUUUAGGUUUUGAGCCGGUACUUGCAAGGACAGUAUCUUAAUCCACACAGGUCAGAGAAACUUUGUAACAAAUUUAGGCCGAAGGCUUGUUUCCUCCUUUUGGAAUGCAACAUGGAAACCAAAUUAAAAGAUGACUUGCUUAGCUAUGCUAAGCUAUCCUGUUACAUUUCGCGCACAAGAAAUCGUUAACCCCAGCGGAAUGUUUGUUCUAAAAUCAGGAUAAAUUUAUUGCCACAAAGCAGGUCUAGAAAACACUAUUCACAAGCCUGAGAAAACAGCCGUUAUUUCGCUACGACACCACUGGUUCCCCGUCGAAAUGACGUCUGAGACUCGAGUGCGGAAAUUCCAUUCUGAUGACGCGUCACUACCCAAUUCAAAUUGUCAUCCACUAAGAAACACUAUCCAGAUCUGGGUAGUGACGCGUCAUCAGCAUGGAAUUUCUGCGCUCGAUUCUCAGACGUCGUUUCGGCGGGGAACUAGGGGUGACGUCGCGAUAUAACGGCUGGUUUUCUCAGGCUAACUAUUCACGCGCUUCUGAAAGUUGUUUUCGUCGGACUCGUCACCGGGUCAUCUAGUAUGACGAUAUGUCUCUUACAAUAUCUCUCUCUCCCAGAAAAUCAUAAUGGACAAACGCCUAUUGCCUUUCCUCCUCUUUGGUUGACAUAGAUGAUGUGUUUCAAUUUUUCUCCUCGGUUUAAAUUUAUUGCCAUGGCUUUAUGGUGAUUUGGGUAAUUUGUAAGCAAAGGAAAAUAUAAUUUAAACCAAGGAUAUGUAAGAGUUACAAAAAUAAUAUCAUAGGUGACGAAUUACUCCUUAAUUUUGGCGUGAAAUUUCAGCGUCAAUAUGUAAUUUCACAUGUGAAAUUACAAAAUUGCCAUGGCAACCUUCCGUACGUCUCAGUGUCAAAAUGGCGACGAAGUUUUAAAAUGCCAUGAAUGAAGAUGUCAGGGCACAAAAAGACUGAAUACACGAAAGAGCACAUCAAGAAGGAUUCUAACAGGUAUUUUGUCGAAAAACUCUGAACUUAAGCCAAAUUUAAGCUCUAAACGUUCGAGAGAGUGCAGGAGUUUUCGAUCGAUACGAUCAAGGAUAAACAUGUCAAAAAUCCAAGAUUGCUAACGUAAUUCGUCACCCAUGAUAUUAAUAGGUAAUCAAAUGGUAUACUCGUGAAAUUAAAGGCUCGGGAAAUUAUUAGGAUUUGGACAAAACGCGCGUGAAAUUAUUUCCUAAUUUCACUCGUCACCAUUUGAUUACACCUACGAAUACUCAAUCUCUCUCCUUAUUUCACAGACCGAAUGUCCCAGUGAAAGUUCAAGAACUGAUAAAACGAUGCUGCUCAGCAGAACCACAGGUUUUCAUUUGAUUUCUGAUGUAUAGAAUAUAAGUUCUAUUCGGCGGCUGAGUGGCCACUUAAUACUACAGUGAUCUACUGAUACUUUUGUCUGCCGGAACUCUGAUAACUAGCGGCUAACCAGGGUAAUUAUGAAAUUAUGUAUGAUGUCAAAAAUUGCAAACGAAAAUAGCGUAUGUCCGGAUACUAGAGGUUCAAUGGUGGACUUUGUCCACAACAGUGAUACCUAUACAUGAUACAAGAUCCUCAGUUAAGAAUGUUUUGGAAGUUUUCUAAUACCAAUCAAGCUCUGGUCUUCGAAAGUUUCACGUAAGCGGCAUUCAACUUUGGAACUUUUUAGCGAACGCCAUGUUGGACAAUAUGUCAAAGAUAGAUCAUUUCAUUUUUUAAGAGCUAGAACUUUUUAACAUUUUUAAAUUCUAUAUAUAAUAUUUGUAUAUAUCGUUCUUUUUAUUCAACGAGGUGCAUUUGUACGUAUCUUUUCCCUGUAUUUUUGCACAUCUUACUCUACUUUACUGGAUACCAUUAUAUAUUUUAAGUAUUUCAGUUUUUUCGCCUUUCUUUUGGGCCAGAAUGUAAAUUACUGUUUAAAGAGUAAUUUGUGUUCCCCUAUUUAAGGACUAUAAUUAUUAUUAUAAUCAUAGCUAUAACAAAAUUCUUAAAUGUGAUUGGCUAUCAACUGCCCUGAUUUCAGCCUUAGUAGGACAGUACGCUUCAUGCCUAAGUAAUUUAUGGCGUCAACGAUUUGACGGCAUAGUAAUUGGACAGUGCGCGCCUUCGUGCGCGCGCUUCAAUGGCUUUUUUUCACUGCUGGCAAAAAAAGGGUUUUGGAAUUUCUUGUGUUAUGAUUUGAAAAAAGAGCUUUUUAUAUCACAAAUUUUGUUAAAGGUAUGAUUAACUGGUAACAGAACUUCGUGCCGCCCAAUUCGGUCUGUGAUCAUACUCGUGAUUAAACAAAUCGGACUUCCGCUACGCGGUCGUCCGAUUUUGUUGAUCACUCCUAUGAUUAUAGACCGAAUUGGACUCCACUCAGUCCUGUUACCAUUACUUAUUAUUAUUAUUAUUAUUAUUAUUAUUAUUAUUACAAGUGACACCGGUAAAAGUAAAUUAUAAUUAUUUUACAUUAUAUAAAGCUUCCAGUUUAAACCUUAAAAUAAUUUGAUCAAAAGGGGUUAGCUUUUUCGUCUUUCAUCGGUGCCGCAAAUUUUAUACGACGAAGGCAGGGUUCGAGGUUGUCCGCUAAAGUGAGAAGUGAUGCCAUUUGCCUUCAUUGAAAUAAGUGGAUGAAAAUUAAUUAAGUCAUGGCUAGUAACAUACAAAUCAUUUCAAAGAAAAAGUAAGAUCAAUUAUUACAGCUGAUUCUUAAGUCGUGGCACUAGCCGAUUGGUCGUUUUCCUCUUCUCAAGGGGAAGACGAUUGAAGACGGACACGAGAAUUUCGAAAUGAAGGAGUUCCCCUCUUAACUUUCUUGGGCUGAUACUCACAAUAGUAGUUGUUUUACUCGCAAAAGUAAAUUGUACUAUUGCUAUCCAAUGGACAUCUGUUGGGCAUCAACAUUUGUUAUUAACUGCAUCGAGAAUGUUAAUUCCAUUUUAUAAAUAAAUGGUCUUAGAAGCAAUUCCUUUAUAGCAAAUAAUUUUUAUAUUUUCUUGUCUUCUCAGGACCGUCCAGACUUCAAGGAUAUGGUGGUAAACCUAUGGUCACCGGAAUUAGGUACGUCGUAUUUGUUAACGUCUUUUAAAAUCAAGGCUUUUGUUUUGUUUUGCUGAACAAUCCUUUAACCCUUUUGGCACCUGAAGUAUUCUGACCACUCAAAUGGAACCUCUGUCCUUGACACGCUUGCAACUGUACCGUUAUUUGCUUGGGCGCAACUCUUCUGGGACGACGAACUAUAUAGUUUACAUGUUAGCCUAUUGCCUCAUAGAGCUCCAUAAAGCACAAUGUAGGACGGUGAUCUUUGUACCUCUUGUGACGUCAUAACAGUUUGAAUAAGAGAGAGCGAUCCUUCAGAGAUAAACAGGCGAAACCAAACCCGUUUGACUCGAAAAUCAAAGGGAAACGCAUAUCCCAACUUGUAUUACUUUUGGUUAUAGAUUUCACUGUUCUAGGCCUUUCUUCAAAAAUGUCCCAGGGAACAAAAUCUGAUGAAUGUCCAGCAGAAAGGCAAAUUAGAAUUGAAAAACAGCCUGAAUCGACUUCUGCUCGUUCAAAAGAAAGUUUUGGAGGCAGCCUAAAAGUCAAGGAAAUAAUUGCAUUGAAAUCUCACCGUAUAAUACAUAGCGUUUUUGACCUUUUUUGAAAGAUACCAGAGUCUCUGUUUCCUCCUACUAGAGUAACAUUCUCAAAUAAGUUACAAGGCUUUCGGUAUAACUUCCCUGUUCAGUGUCGCAGGCAGAAACUUAAAUUGGACUUAUCGGAAAAUCGAUGCCAGCACUAUGCUACGUGAAGGAAGAAAAUGUGGGUUCAUAAGUGGAAGAUUUACAGAUGUUUGUAUGAUUGAUGGAACUCUCCUUCCUCUCUUAUCUUUCCUUUCUUGUUCAUUACUAGUUUCUGAGGAGGAAGCCGAGGAGGUUCUCCUUCUACCUAACAUAAACGAACUGGAGGACUGGGAGAAUCCAAUACUGCCUGGUGAAAGCGAUUUGGAAUUGCAGAAACAUCGAGCUGAUUCUGAGGUAUUCUUGUAUUUUCUAAAUCUUCAUGUUGUUUUCUACCUGAGAUACUAAAUAUUUCUUAGUUAGCAAAAUUGUAAUUUUAACGAAUUUGACUGUGUAAAAAUAACUGGCAAGGUUGUCAACGUUUACUAAAAAGUCUACGCAGCCUGUUUUCAUUGUGAGACGUGUACCUGGUAUGAUUACUGUGUUUAUUGGCGGCUUCUGUGCCAGAUUUAACCUUCUGUAUUUUUUUGCAUCAGAAACUAAUGGUCGUUUAUUUUGUUAUUCAAGGCCUCUAAUGUGGACUACUCCUGUCUCCCUGGAGCCCCACUGCCCGACGAUUCCAGUAGCUCCAACGAGAUCGUAACACUUCCAGGCAUCACGUACAUAUCCAAUAGUGCUAGCUUUAACUGCACUAUUUUAAGAAAGGAAAGCCUCUCGAAAACAUUCUCCCAUCCUGGGUUAUUCACUAACGAUACUUUGCCGUUAAGGGACCCAGUUAAUGCGCUAACACCAAGGAAAGUAAGCGUCACUAGAGCUAGUUCAUGCCCUCCAGCCAUUGAGGCAAGCAAUGAAGAGCCAUGUGAGGAUUCGGAACUAAGUACUAGACAGCCUGAGAGAAGACAGCGAGAGGUAAGAUUUUUCGAACCACCAACGUCAUCUUCAAGGAACAGAAUCGAUAGCAAGCUGCCUUGUGCACCACCGCUAACACAACUGGAGUUUGAGGUGUUUGGCAGCAGUGCAGGGAUUUCUGUGGAUACGAAUGUUGAAGAGUUGGAUGAUAGCGAAGAUACCAGUAGUGGUGAUGAUGAUGAGCAACAGACCACGGAGGCCAUGGCAAUGCAGUGUCUUGCCGGACUGGUAAACAGAACUGUGAUGCCCCCAGCUAGUUUUGCUGGUGAUGUCCUAGAGAGUACGCAUGAAAGCAACAUCGAUAACAGUAAUGCCCGCUGGAGUGAAUUACCGGCAAAUGUUGCCACCGGACAUGGUGAUCUUUCUGGUGCUGAAGCAAACGCGCAUUUGUCUGAAUAUGAUUCAGUGGAUAACAAGUUUGAGACAACAUCUUCCUUCAGUCAACCAUGUGAGGCGAUACAUCCUACAGAAGAUUUACGGAAAUUUAGUUCCGGGUCAUAUGUGAUGCUUUCACGAAGCAGUAUGUCAUCAGAUAAGUUCGAACAUUCUGAAGCUAAGGAGCCCUUAUCUGUGGCUCCCAACGCAGCUGAUGUCUCUAGUGCUCUUGAUGCCUCACCAUACCGUUCUUUGCGAGAAAUAGAAGGCAGAAAGAUCAGUUCUUCAUCUUCAGUUUCAUCUUCUUCACACGAUAUGGAAUGUUCUUUGCCUCAAAGACACACCGAACACACCAAUGGAUCACCUGGAUUGUGUUGCACAUCAUCGGAUGGACUGCUGGGGUCAUUUUCAAAUCUUCGUCCUCCCAAUGGGGUGCAAUCCAUGGACCUGCCUCCGCUUCUCUAUGAUACAGAGGACUGUUCUGGUAGAGAAGAGUCAUCUCCAGUAAUUACGGACUUACAGGAUAGCAGCGACAACGAAGAUGCGUCUUCUCGAGACGACGCCGAAUCAAGCCUGGGUAAUAUCUUCCAUUCUGGAUUCAACAGAAUGGCAAUAGACAAUGAUGGUGAAAGUGCAUUAAACCUCUCUCUGCCUGCAUUUACCCAUCUCGGAUUUGGCCUUGACCCAGCAGAGGAACAGGAAUUGGUACUGGAAGAUGACUCACAGUCACAUCAGAAUGAAGUAACACCUUCGCAAAUAGAUGUUAAUGAAACCUCAUUGUUCAUGAGCCUCGCUGGCAGGGAAGAAGUAGAUAUGGACGAUCAUGAGUCUAGAAACUACUUGCCAGAAGAGAGUCUACCCAUUUCCGAUAUUCCUUGUUUCGAUGAGUUGUUGUCCAAUAUCAAACCCGAUAGCGUUGCUUCUACCAUAGCCACGUCUGAAUGUGGUACGUCUGUCCUGGAAAACAGUGCAGAUGCUUUGGAUGUCGAUGAACAGGUUGAAGCUCAUGACGGCGUGGACAAUGAGAUGAUCCUGCCAUGUGGGCCUGUGAGGUUUCCGUCGGGUAAGGUUGAUUUCCCAAAUUCUACCAUCUUGAUGAUUGAAGACGGGCACGAGAAUUUUGAAAUGAAGGUGUUCCCCUUGAAUAACCUUUCAAAGGAGGGCCCAAAAUCAACCGAACUACUUUUUUUCAAAGAUAACCAGUCCCAAAGCCAAGCAAUAAGUUCAAAUCAACUUGAUGAUGCUUUCAGUGAAGGUGGUUUGUCUCAAGACAAUGAUCAGGAAGGUGACGGAGUUAUCGAAGAAAACGUGCUGCCCAAUCCUUCUCCUUAUUCCUUCAAAGCUGAUGAGCAUGGACGUCUUCAAGGUAAAACUAUAAAAUUUAUUUCCGCAACAGGAAAACUUUCAUAGACUUUCUAUAUAAAUCGAAUGUUUUUAGGGAGUAAGUCACAAAGCAUUUAAUCGUACCAAUCGUUGUAAGCUCAACUGAUGGAGCAGUGGAUAAAAAAUUGUGAGUAGUAGUCCAGUUCCCUGUGCUAGAACAACCACCUUGAAUAAACGCGCCCAUCAGGAAGAUGUGGACAGCUUUUAAGCGAAACGUACCUUCUCCCUGUCAGCCGAAAACCACUUCUGAUUAUUACAUUUUUCGCUGGGACUUAUUUUCACAGAAAUUACGCGGCCUUUACCAGGGGUUCCAAGUGAGCCAAAGCGCGCUAACAACAGACGAUUAGUGGCCCGUGGAUAUCGUCCACUUCCUCGGCCUGCAGAACCAGAACCAGAACCAGAAACCUCUCUUGACUGCUCCUCAUCCUCUGAUGGAGUCUGGCCCAGCUGUGAAACGGUGGACAAAAUUGUUAGGAGAAAAUCUACAACUGGUAUGCACUUGACUCCGUUUAAUAUUUCACUCUUAAAACAUUUUGACCAGUAUUUCUCUCUGGAACUUGUCCUGUGCGAGUAUGUGACCAGGAACUCUCCCUUUCCAGCUUCCCCUUAAUGCUUAAGGAUGUGUUACUUAUGGAACAUGAAUACUGUUAAAACAUAACAGUAUAUUCAACACUAGAAAAAUAAUUUUAUUUCGCUAGGUAUCAAGACACCUCGAAACGACUCUUCAGCGACCCUUUUUAUCCACCCACUCUUCGAUGUUAGGAUAUUGGAGUAAAAUUUAUUUAUGUCAUUAAUGCUGAUGUAUGUUUUAUUUAAUCUUGACACUAGGCUCAUCAUCUCCAUGUGAAGAAACGCCAGUCGUAAAACUAGAUAUGAGCAAGAUUCCUCCUCACUUGAAAAUUCCAUUUGAACAACUGCAGUUGUUAAGCCAUCUUGGCCGGGUAAGAUAUUUGUGUAAUUAUUUCAUUUAGCAUUUUGGAAAACAAUAUUGACUAAAAGCUGACCCUGAAUCCUUAGCAACGUGUCAUAUUUAACCCCAAACAAGUUGUUUGACCUAAAAGUGUACGAUGUAAGGUUUGACGUUGCAAACUCCCUAACUAGCUGAAUCAAAACAGUUUAUCUCAUUAAACGGCUAAAUGACAUGAGACCCACACCUUAAAGUGCUAUUAUAAUCAACAUUUUUCCUUAAGAACCUUUGCGGGACAUUGCUAUCCCAAAUUAAGUGGAAUUUCCUUCUCUCCCUCCCACCCACCAACCUGUAAAGUGCCAUCUUUCAAAAACAUAAUUAAAAUCUUUCAUAGAUUCACGAGUUGGGUCAUAGAGGCCUUUAUUUUUUAACGGGUUCAAAAGUUGACUGUAGAUCUACUGAUUUUCGUUUUAAUCCUUAGAAGUAGAUGAAUUUCGGGAUAAAACUGUAGGCCUGCUUGUAUGACAGACAUGUAAGGUUUUGAACACAUUUCGCAGGGACAAUUUGGAGAAGUGAGGCACGCACGUAUGGUGUACACGGACAAGUGGAAAAAUCCUAAGGUUAGAACAAAAAUCAUGAUGAUGAUGAUUACAAUAGAUAAGGCUAUCCAUUUGUAUAAACUUAUCAAUGGUCACUGGCCAUCCUACAUGAAGAACUCAGACGUGAGUGACAGAAAUAGCCAACAUAGGUCCUUAAACUUGUUCUGGCCUUGCUUUAAGAAAAAAAGCUAAAUGGGAAGCUUAAGAGCGGCUAGACUUUGGAACUCGUUAUCCUGAUGUUUUUAAAAUGGUGAAGGUAUAAAUAGCUUUAAAAAGAUCCUCAUCCACUUAUGCAUACACACUUUUGACGUAAGCAUGAAAGCGAGGCCUAAAACCCACCAGAUUUCCCGCAAACUUCAAAAAAGUAAAUUGGGUGGUGAAAACAAGAACGAUUUGUGAUUUAGAGAUUAAAAAAUUAACACCAAAAGAUAUUCCUGGAGCAGUUGUUUUAAAUGAACGUGCGUUGGAAAGUGGACGGUGGGGAAACUAACCCUCGGCAAGGAUCCUUCGGAAAAACAUAAAAACGUCAAGUCUUAUAUUAUCGGAACGAUUAUUACAAAGCGCAGUAGCGCAGCAGCGCAGCAUUUGUGAGAACUAUUUUUUGUCGUAGUUUUUAAGGUGCGCUUCUGCCAUUUUAUAUACAAUUUGAUUGCGAUGUAGCCCAUAGACCUCGCUUUCAUGCUUACGUCGUAAGUGUGUAUCAAGCUUUUAAGGUGUUUGGAUACAGUUUUUCAGAGGCCAUACCGAAAUUUUUCAAUCACCUUAAAAAUUGUUUUUUCUUUGUCCGGUCGCUAUAAAAUUUUCAUCAGAAAUUGGCUUUGGAUUGAAAUUUGUGAAAAUGUAGUUUUUAAAGUAAAAUCGAUAUUACUAUAACAACAAUAAACAAAAACUUUGAAAUUGAUGAAAGCCGAAUUUUGUGUGAUCUAGACCUGCUACUGAAAAUCCAACACUUUGAACUUAAGUUUGGUGUUUAGGAAACAAUCUCCGUAAGAAGUAAAAAAUCCUGUAUGUUUGAAUUCGACUAAAACGAAAAUAUAUUUCAAACCUUAAAUUUUCAAUAGCCUUGAUAGGUUAUUUAAUAAAAACGUUAUAAAUUGAAUUUAUCGCAUCUUUUGAAUGUAAAACAUUGACAAUACUCACAUUGAAAUGUACUAGUCAUGGAUAUAUGUAUUGUCGGCAUUAAUUUGGAAAAAUUAGCAGAACGUCAAGACCGGUUCGUAGGAUAGGUUUGCCUUGAAACUUUAAGGUGUUGCAGUGAAUCAAUCUUAAUGAAAGUUUCAGAAUUUUUUAUAUACAUUAUGAAGAUUAUGUGAAGAGAUUUUAAAAAAAAUUCGUUCGAGUCGUUUCGGAGAUAUACAAGAAAGCGCUAAGAGUCCAAAUUCUGAAUGAAGUUGUACUAUGAGAAAACGGGUUAAUUUUCAAGAUCGCAUGAACGAAAGUACACCAAAAUUUCUUAGCAUCAAAAUAUGAUAUUAAGCAGCAUUCUGAUGCUACAAAAGAAACAUUUGAGUCAUCUAUAACGUUUUUAUUGAUGAAAAUUUUAUAGCGAUCGGACAAAGAAAAAACCAUUUUUAAGGUGAUUGAAAAAUAUCGGUAUGACCUCUGAAAAACUGUAUCGAAACACCAUAAAGAGGAAGGAAAGUGUAAACAAGUGGACGUCCAGCGCUCCUAUAGUUCAGUGUCAUGUCAUCCACAUCUACUCUCCCUGAACCUUCAAGAAGUCUGUUGUUUUCAUUUUAGAGAGAAGACGUGGCAGUAAAAGUGCUAAAACGGAAUGCGUCGAAACAGAGUUCCAGUGACUUUGUUAAAGAAGUAGAAAACAUGGUUGAGUUAGCGUCUAAACCGCAAUGCAAAUACAUCAUAAAACUUCGUGGGGUAUGCAAAGGUAUUAAAGUGCUUGUUUUAAAUUUUAUAUUUGUAAAGAUAAACUUGCAGUUUUUGGUCAUAAAUGUUGCUCCCGUUUUUAUGAUAAAAGUAUUCAUUGAUGGUGCCUUUAUGCAAGUGAGAGCAGUCAUUGGUGCAAAAAUGUGUGCUUCCCUAUUUUAGGACAUCUUUGACGUAAUCUUUCGCAAUUUGUUAACCUACGAACUGCGUCGGUAAGUUCCCGCGCUCCUCAUGGAAAGGGAAUUUGACUAUUGGCUUUUGAGGAGUAGGAAAAACUAAAGCACCAGAAGAAAAAGAAAAGAAACUACACAUUGCAGAUUGUAAAUUGCACCAGAGGGUCAUAAAUGGGAGUCCGACCGUUUUGACCACUGCCUACACUGAUUUUUGUACUUUCAUACCUCAGCGUUAAUAACAUGUGUUGACUUAUGGUAGAUGCGGAUGAAAGACUUAUGCUGAUAACUGAGCUUGCUUCUCAAGGUGCUCUCCGCGAUUAUUUGCCGAAAAACAAGGUAAUACUUAUUGGCUUGUAAGCUUAUUAACCAAAUAAAAUGAAUACUUUUUUCGAAAUUUUAGUUGCGGUGGCGCAGGAAGUAUUAAAUUAUAAAAUAUUACAUAAGUACGACACAAUGAUAGAACAACUAAUGAUGAAUGAUAAAGAUAAGUUAAAGGGGCUGUGUCACGACAGUCCAGUUCACUUUGUUUAAUUUUGCCAAUUAACCGCCCUCAAUCGCUAUGGAACUUAAAGUAAGCAAUGAAAUUACAUGUAAAUGACAAAAUCAGAGAUCCAAGACAAACAAAUGUGUCUCCUGAGCAUUAUUUUUGAAGUUGCAAGCAACACGAAUCAACUUUGAAAAACUGUUACGCUGAACAGUUUUCAAAAAACCAUAAUUUCAGUCCGUUUCAAUCUUCUUCGGUUUUGCCCAUCCGUGGCAUCUGUUGUUUCUGUUGUGUUAUUUUAACCUUUCUUUAAUGUUUUAAGCGGUUAUUUUUAUGUUUCUCUUAAUUUAACGGGCAUUAUUUUGUAAUUACCUAAUUUGGCUGAAUUUUGUGACACAGCUCCUUUAAUACAGUUCAAUCAAUGUGAAACUUCGUUUUACCCCUGUACUUUGGCAUUCUUCAAUUUUUGACUUGAACUCAAUUGCCUUAAAAGAAUGGUGCGUUUUUUACUUACAAGAAAGUACAUCGUGGAUGUCAAUAUUUACCUCUUAAUCACCAGUAAAUUGGUUUUGGCCUACAAUCUUGGACAAAAAGUGUUAAGAAGUUUGCUCUUUCCAACAGACAGGAGACCUACCCUGCGAAUUUGGCACCAUGGUGAUCCCUCCCCCCACCCCUCCCUGGUCAAUGUUGUUUAGUAGGCAGCAAAAAUGUUCGGGCCACACUUCAACAUUGUUUUUUUUGGGGGGGAGGGGGGAGGAUCUUGAGUGAACCGGGCUUUAGGGGGAAGUAUUCUAAAAUUAAACAUACAACGUGCAUUUUUCUUAACAUUUUUGUCCAAGAUUGUAUUUUCGCGAUAUUGAACGCUAUGCGCCACAGUGAACAUUUGAAGUGAAAAGAAAGUGUUUUUUUCGCGGGAAUAGAAUAAAGAUAACAUUUUUUUGAAUGCAAAGUUGAAUGUUGAUUUCUGUUUGGCCCGCUCUCAGGGUUGUAAAUGCUCCGGGGCAGAGUGAGCAUACAAGACUGACGUUACAGUGAGAACAAGGCGUACUUGUCACGGUCACAGAAUUAUAAUGUUCAUUGCUCUUUAGACGCUGUUAUGGACUCGAUACGCAAUUACGAUACGUCAGAAACAGAGAACGACACUGACACGGAUUGUUCUGCCAGUGAGACACGGCUUCAGUUGCCGGUGAACCAAGUGCGGUCUGUCUAUUUACUUGCGGUUUCGAAAAAUAAUUUCCAUGCGUGCCGUCAUGUCGCACAACGGUUUACAACAAUCUGAGCAUAUGCUGUUGUUGGAAAAGAUUUCUUCCUAUAUAUUUCACUAUUUCCAACGUUUAACAACAAUUUAUCAUUACAGAGGUCUUGUCAGAAUGAAAAGAACAGCACAUUUUACGUCCUAUACAACGGUUUACAUCUAAAACAUUGAAAUAUGAGACUGUCACUCGAUUAUUCCUCAAAGACCGCUAGUAAAUCGUUGUAAACCGUUUGGAAAUCGCCAUUUUAAGAACAAUGUGCUCUGUUUGUCCAGAUUAUUGUGUACUAUAUCCAGGACACAUAAUUCCCUUGGUUGACGGAAUGUUUUAGCCUAAGAAUCGCCCUCAAAAUGAACACUAAAGUACAUGGUUUACAAACCGGAACUAACGUUGUAGACAAACGGAAGUGACGUCAGCUUUGUACUGUAUAAGACUGUAAUUCCUUUUAUCUUCUAUUUACAAGUAGUGAUUGUCAACCAUUGUAGGCAUUUCUGCUCACAACUGCUUACUGCUUUAUUCUGUUUCCUUUCUUUUUAAUGCUUAAAUCUAUCUAACCAUUCAUCGAGUCAAUAAUUUUAUCAAUCGAUUGGGCAGGUCAGUUCAAAACGGUAGUUAUUACACGGCUUUGGAAUUCGUCGUAGCUUUCACGAGUAAUAUUUUGACUCAAAACUUGUUGGCUUAGGUCGCUUCUUACUGAAUUAAACAAAUUCUCCAUAGGAUUUAAAUCUGGACUUCUUAGAGGGAUGGAUAACAAUUCUGCUAUAAGUUUUCUAAAGCCUUCUUCACUCCCGCGGUGUUCUGGCUCGGAUCACCGUCUUGAAGCCAAAGGCGGGAGGGCCCUUUGUCUGCUUUUCUAAAGAAACUAGCAAAAUUGGCUUUAACAAAAUUUUCAAAAAACUGUCCAUCUAGCUUUUCGUAUGGAUGGCAAGCUAUAACCCCUUUGUUGUAGCUGAUAGCCACAAAAAGCUUAAGAACUCUUCCACCACUGCCCCCUUUCUUCCCCUUCGCCGUGCAUCCCUCAGCCAGACCCUCCUUUUUAGUCCUCCAUAUUCGACCUUGUGGGGCUUUUACCUGACCCGCAGGGUUUCUUUUGUCAUAGAAACCCAGUCCGUCUAAGUAAAAAUUUUACUUUGGAAGUCCACACGUCUCUCGAUCUUUCUUUGCGAAUCGUUUUAGCAAAGCGAUAUCUGCAUACAAUAUCGUUCGAGGAAAGAACCCUCUUUUUACGCCCCUGUCUGUACCAACGCGCAGCAUCGUUCCAUUACUUACUUGACCUGUAUACAAUCCGCACGCCUCAACCAGUUUACCUCAAGUGAAGUUUGGGUUUUCGCGACGAAGGAUUUUGACUUGUCGGAUUAAUAAUCUUUCCAUUCUGGUAUCGAUCAUAAGAGGUCGUCCAGGUCUCACUCUCAUCUUUUCCGUCUUUAAGCUUUCAAAACCGUCCUUCUUAAUUUUAAAGAAUGUCGCUAAUGAAACACCAAGCUUUUCUGUUAAUUACUGAGGUUUGUGCUGCUUAUCGUUCAAUGCAUAUAGUAUAUACACCUUUAAACUACCGUCGAUGACGCCGUGGAAAACCAUGUUUGUUGAUCUUAUAAGUAACCCCCCAAUGACGUAACAAUAACUUUCCCGAUUAUUUACCAUAAUUAGCGGUAAUUGGUCGUCCUGAAGAAUGACGUCAAAUCACUGGGGCAAAUACAGUAAUUUCUUCUUGGAUUAUCCGCCAAAAUGUAUUAAAUACAUAGCCCUUUCGGUUUUACUACAAGUGAAAAUUGUUUUAAGGUGACCUUGAGAUAAAGCAUCCGUGGUGGAUUGUCUAAAUUGACGUGAGGCCCUUUAUUCUUUAAAAGGGCAAGGGCAUUUCUUCCAUCUUUAUGUUACACUUCUCUUUCCAACACUCCGUUUCUUGUUCUUACGACAGUUGUUCGAAGUCCUGAUCUUUCGAUGUUACGCUUGAUCCUCCUGAGAAUGUCAUCACAAUGUAUUUUUUUACGUCAGGCUGAGCAAACCCUGUAUAGCUAAGAAACCUUAUUGGCUUGACACUUAAAUUAGUUUACAGGUUAUGUGGGGUGGUGGGGGCUAUGCUCGUUUCUUGGCGCUCUCUCUCUCCAAGCUUUACGAGUCAAUCGAACUUUGUCACGAAAUCUGAACAAUGCGGUAACGAAAAUAUUAGGAUUUCUUUGGCGGGGUGGGGGGGGGGGAAUACGUCAUUUUAUAGCUAAAAUUAAAAACAUACAAUGAUUUUGUAAGUCAAAGAGACCUCGUGAAAAGAAGUCGUUGUUGUUGUUGUCGUUUUUUGUUUUUUUUCAUUAUUGGCGGGGUGGGGGGGGGGGAAUACGUCAUUUUAUAGCUAAAAUUAAAAACAUAUAAUGAUUUUGUAAGUCUAAGAGACCUCGUGAAAAGAAGUCGUUGUUGUUGUUGUCGUUUUUUGUUUUUUUUCAUUUAAUUGAUCUUUUUUUCCUUAAAGAUCGCUUUCCUUAAAGUCUUUCGUUUGUCUUUUCGUGUCUUCUACUGGUUUUUAAAAAGACUAUCUUUUACCUUUUAGGACAUUCUCGGAAAAAGGCAACUUCUGGAAUUCUGUAAGCAGAUCUGCGAAGGAAUGCAGUACUUGGUACGACUGGAUUUUUUUAGUUCACUCAAAUAUAAAUCGUACCCAUGGAAAGUAUUAUUUCAGCAUUGAAUACGAUGGCCGUCUGAGAACACGAGAGGGUAGAAGAAAACAUUAGUGAUUAGCACGUGUUGCCACAUGCUAAGGCCCAGUUCAAACAUCGAAAUGUUCCUGCGGCAAACCUAAUCCUAACCGACGUUUGAAUCAACGACUUAAUUUGGGUCGACCCAUGAAUCAAGGUCGAGAUGUCCACAUGGGAAUUGCGACUGUGGAGUGACUUAAUUUCAAACGUCGAACUUUGCUGAGCCUAAUGCAUACAUUACCAUAAUUUAUUUUCACUGGUAAGCAUUGCAGACCAUUGUACAUCGUAAAAAUGAAUCGAGUCGCACUAAUUAAGUUCGACGUCUGAAUCAACCUUCGAACUUAAAUCUUACCAAAUCUGGGCCCACAAUGUAAACUAAUGGGUCUAUCAGUUAUUGUGACAGCCAUUAAAGUUUUAUUAUUAUCAUUAAGUUCGGAAUACGAAAAGUUCGACGUUUGAACUGGAUCUAAUACUGAUAUAAAUUUAAGUAUAGUGAUACCCAUACUAGUUCCCUACCCGUGUUUAUAUUUAAGGAGGCUCGACCCAGUAUUUUUUUAGGUACACCUUCCAUCUUUGAAUCUCUUAGACUUAAACAAAUUUAUCUUUAUUGUAAAACCAUUAUACACAUAGACUGCACAGUAAUUUUCAAGGAGUAAUAACCCCUCUAGUGGGGUUAAUUUAACUCCUUACAAUGGACUUAUUUUUUAGGGAGUUAUUUUAACUCCAAAAAGGAGUUUAAAGAACUCUUUUUCAGGAGUUAAAAUAACCCCCCAAAAAGGAGUUAUCCUGUACCUAAAAUGUUUACUCCACUUUUAGAGUUAAAGUAACUCCAAAAAUAGUAAAAACAACCCACGUAAGGAGUGAAAAUAACCCCAUUUUGGGAGUUAUUUUAGCUCCAGACUGGGAGUAAAAAGAACUCUUUUUCAGGAGUAAAAAUAACCCCAAAUUUGGAGGUAAAUUUGGAGUUAAAGUAACCCCCAAAAAGGGGUUAUCCUGUACCUAAAAUUUUUACCUAAUUUUUGGAGUUAUAAUAACUCCCUAAAAAUUACUGUGUGAACUUUAUUAUGAUAUUUUUUGGGGGACGAUCGGAAUAAAUAUAACGUGAGAAUGCCGUCACAAUAGUUCUAGCUCUAAAUUGAAUUGCAGCCCUUAUCGGCAUUUUCUUUACAAAUGCUUGACGCUAUCUAUACUUCGGGUGCUUGCCUUCUGUUGUGCGAAGUUUCCUAAAAACCUACUGUAAAACUCCGAAAAUAAGCCCCGAGGCUUAUAUUUUUCAAAGGCCCUUUUUGAGUGGCUUUUUUUUGGAGGGGCUUAUCUACGGAGUGGAAUUUGAGUUUCAAAAUCGAUUUAGCUUGCCUUAUAGUUGCUUUGUUUUACUUUGUAUUUGAGGGCAAUCUUCCAAGUACAAGCCACAGGGGGGCUUUUAUUUGGAAGGGCGAUUUAAGGGAGGGUUUUUUGCUUUACCGCUUUGGGGGGCUUUUAUUUGGAGGGGCUUAUACAUGGAGGGGCUUAUUUUCGGAAUUUUACGGUAUUAGAGGAAUUUGGAGAUAUCUUGGAAUUUCUAUAAAAAGGGCAUAAAUAAUGCAAGAGAAAAAAUUUGCUACUUUUUGGAUGUUAGCCGGUUGUAGAGUGUACGAGGGUCAUUUACAAAACGAAUGAGAGACAAAAACGUUUCGGAAACAUCCAAAAAGUAGCGAUUUUUUUCUGCAUUAAGUCCAGUCUUCAGUUCGUGCUAAUUUAUGCCCUUUUGGUAGAAAUUCCAAGAUAUCUCGAAAUUCCUCUUAAAGACUUCGCACAACAGAAGACAAGUACCUAAAGUAUAGAUAGCGUCAAGCAUUUCUAAAGAAAAUGCCGAUAAAGGCUGCAAUUCAAUUUAGAGCUGAAACGUUUGUGACGUCAUUUUCACGUGAUAUUUAUUCUGAUCGCCCAAAACAUAAUAUCAUAAUGAAGUUUAGUCUAUGUGUAAUACACGUGUUAUAAUGGUUUUACAAUAAAGAUAAAUUUGUUUUUAAGUCUAAGAGAUUUAAAGAUAUCGAUGUAAGGUGUACCUUCAAAAAUGCUGGGUCGAGCCACCGUAACUCAGAGUAUUUGUCUUGGUAACAUAAGCAUUUUAUGCGUAGGAAAAAAAUUCACUUCUGCACAGAGAUCUGGCAGCGAGAAAUAUUCUGGUGAUGAGCGAGGAUCUUGUGAAGAUCAGUGAUUUUGGGUUGUCAAGGCUGCAAGACUACUACAAACUUCAAAACAUUGAAGAUCGCUUACUGCCUUUGAAGUGGUAAGUACGGACGGCCAUCUUGGUUUCUAAUGUUCCGAGUCUAACCCGGGGAUUAGUGUCAAAUCUGCUUAGUAUAAACCCCGAUGCCCGCCCCCUCGGUACAUUUGAAAGCAAGAUGGCCGCCCUUACCGGAAAGCGCUCGGUCCUCAGUGGAUCCUGAAGAUGUUCUAUACACCUCUGCUUCGAAGCCAAGAUUAUAAAUUUUACCGAUUCAAAAUUGGCCUAUUCCGCACGCUUUUGUAUUCUUAUUUGACUUGUCGCUGUUUUUUUUAAUUAGUACAGGUAAUAACAUAAUCAGUUUAUUAAAACCCUUUGGUAGUGUAUAACACUAAAUUACAAGGGAGGUCAAGAAUACGCAGACCACAUAAUUACACAUGGCAAUAAGGCAAAAACAAUUAAAUCCUAUUGUAACUGUGGGUAACAAAAUUACUAAGGCGGUCCGUUCUGACAAAGCGGAAAUCAGAACUGGAAAAACCCGACCUCAACCCGUACCCAUUAGCGACAUUCGUGGGCUGCUGCAGCAGGUGUGAAAGGAACCCGGACUCCUUGAUGUUAGAUAUAAAACGCCUACAAGCCUCAUCGCGGCGCGACAACAGUGUAGGCAAGCCACAGCGCACGAGUGCCGACUCAUAAGAGCAAUCUGGAAAAAUGAUUUCUACUGCAGACUUCUGCACGCUUUCCACCAAUUGAACCAGACAGUUGGGUAACGCUGCCCACACCGGAGAUGCAUAUUCUAAAAUGGGCCGCGCAAGGCUACAAUAAACCUGAAUGAGAUCAGCUGGUGGGAGGCCUGAUUUCAUUGAGACACGCAAAACGUAGAGACGCUUGCGUGCUCUCUUCACAAUCACAUGAUUUCGAGUGCAAUUUGGAAUAAAUAAGCACGAGUAAAUUUUUUCGAAGGCUAAACAAUUUAUGAUCUUUGAAAAAAUUUACGAGUGCUUAUUUAUUCCAAAUUGAACGAGAAAAAUCAUGUGAUUACUUAUUAAUAAUAUUCAUGAAAAAAUGCCGAGAUAGCUUUAAAAUCACAUUGAUAGAGAGUCAACACGCGUAAUCUACGGCAAAAAUAAUUUAUUCAAAUGCUGCAAAUAUCAUCACACGUUCAGUCAAAACAACAUUUUUCUUGAUGUUUUUAAAAUUUGCAAGUCGCAGAAACGAGCUGAACAGUUCAUGGAAUUGUUCAAUCUGUUUGAAUUAAAGGUUCUGGAUUAUUACCUCCGAGUUUUCCGCUCUUCCAGAGAAGUUUUUCUUUCUCCUCUGAUACUGGCCGAGCUUUGUUUGGGCGCUUACCGCGGCCAGCCAAGCGAAGCUGUUUCGCUUUGUCCUCCAACACCUCUUUGGACGAACUAAAUUCUCGGUAACGUACAAUGGAUCAAGCGAUGCCAUCAUUACUUUAAGGCGUUCUGGUUCAUAAUCUUCAGCAUUUUUACUUCAGCGGAGCGCGAAGUGAAGGAUUCGCGACGCUCAGAAAUGUAUCAAAGUUGACAUCUUUGGGACAAGUUUGGGCACGCAAAGUCUGUAGAUUUUCAGUUUUAUUCGGCUAUUUGACGAAGUGAGAGCCGAAUAAGUUCGAGAUAUCUCGAGAUCACUUCGAUUUCUUUGAUUUCUUCUUUAACUUUUUCGAGGAAGAAAGAAUUGUUAUUUUGGCUCUCCCGGUGUUUGAACCGACUCACCUGUGUGACCCGUCAGAUCAGAGGAGACUCUAAGUUGAGGGAUUAGCCGAUUGCGCUACUGCGACGUAGUUCGGGAUAUGAAAAAUAGUUAUGAAAUACACCGUAUUCACAAAUGGCGGACACGCGGGAAAAAACUGGUGCCUAGUCAUGAAAGCGAGGCGUUGGAGGAUAAAGAAAAAUUGCAAAUGAAGACUUUCAGUGAACUUGCAGAGUGUUAAGCGCGGAUUCCACCUAAAAUAACUUUGUACGGACUUCUUUUUAAAUACAAUUACGUGGGAUGUCUUCUGCCUUUAAUGUUUAGUAGUGAUUUUCUGUUUGCAUUGAAAAGAGACGCGUAUAUCUUCAAGGAAACAGGAUGAUUUUGUAGGUUUCCGAAGCAUCAGAAGCUCGACAAGUGGGCUAUGGCUGGAAAAAAGCGGCAAAAUGUUGACCCAAACUUCACAUUGAAACCGAGUACGAAAGCCAGAUCACUGCAAUUCUGUAAAACGGAUUAAAAACGGAUAUUGGUGGCGAGAAAAAGAGAAAUAAGCGACGGAUAUAUGGCCUACUUGUUAACGGAAGAGACCUCCGCCAUUACACAAAACAGGUCAAGUCGAGAGCGGGUGAAAGAUUCAUUCACAAGGCUAAUUUAUUCAUGUCAGUGUCAUUUUAUACAUAUCUAUGUAUAUAUCUAUGUCUGCAUUUACAACUUCCUUUGGAUCAUAUUAAUUUGGAGUGAAUUGUUUCUGAGGUACGUUGGCAGAGCUUAGUAAAAAUCUCAUGAUUUCUUUGUCAUUGCGAAAUAAUUAAAAAUAAUUUUAUUAAAAUUAGAAGCUGUACUGUGUGAAUCUUAUGGCUUGCUAUUUGCCUGGUCUCCUUUAGGGCAUUUUCUCAGAGAGCUCUUGGUAAAAAAGUAGUAUAAAGCUUACAUUUUACUAGGUCAAAGGAAUGAACACGGCAAGCUUUUGUUUCGAAUAAUCAAAUUCGAGUGUGGAUCCGUUUAAGAAGACCAUCAUUUUAUUUAUUUAUGUAUUCUUCAACUUUAAAAUAUUAUGAAACAUUAAGUUAAAACUCUUAACAGCCAAAGAUAAGAAAUACGAAAUUUCUCGCUGAAAUGAUAUGUGGCCGGCUUACCGAAUCUGCCGAGUAACAUGUUGAAAUUUUGGCGUACUCCACUCGAUCGCUCCUGCAUUUAUACUAAAAAAAUAGUUCUAAUUGAUGUCCUUUAUCAAUAAAGACCAGAGAAUAACGUCCUGGCAAACAAAAACCAAACAUAAGUUCAUCGAAACCUCCGUCACCUCUUCUUUCCUGUCUUCCUUUUUUCCAUCUCGACUUGAACUCCCUGUGUUUCUGUUCAACGGCAGACGUCUCUUGCGUUAACGAGUAGGCCAUAUAUCUGUGGCUUAUUUCUUUUUUUCUUGCCACCAAGAUUUGUUUAUAUUUCCGUUUCACCGAAUUGCAGUGAGCUAGCGUUCGUACUCGGUUUCAAUGUGAAGUUUGGGCCAACAUGUUUGCCGCUUUUCUCCGGCGAUCGUCCACUUCUCGAGCUUCUGAUUCUUCGGAAACCUACAAAAUCAUCCUGUUUCCUUGAAGAUAUACGCGUCCGUUUUGAUUGCAAACAGCAAAUCACUACUAAACAUUAAAGCAGAAGACAUCUCACGUAAUUGGAUUUAAAAAGAAGUCCGUACAUAAUUGUUUUAGGUGGAAUCCGCGCUUAACACUCUGCAAGUUCACUAAAAGUCUUCAUUUGCAAUUUUUGUUUAUCCUCCAACGCCUCGCUUUCAUGACUAGGCACCAGUUUUUUCCCGCGUGUCCGCCACUUGUGAAUACGGUGUAUGAUGCACUAGUUUCGGGACAAGAUUGGGCGCGCAAGUUCGUAACUAUUCGGCUUGUUUCUGCUGUUUCACGAAAUGAAACCGGACUACUUUGUGAUAUCUUCAGAUCACUUCGAGUUAGUUUUUAAUUUACUCGAGGAAUAAAUAGAGGAUAUUACGUGGCCGCACAGAGACAGGAAAUUUCUCUUCGAGUGUUGAAAAACAUUUCACGAGUCUGAGCGCUCCUUUCGAACUCUCUUAUGAUGAAUUUAAAGUUUCAAAAUGCUGCACAAAGACGUUUUGUCGUUGUUGAGUGUUACGUAGUAAAAUUGCUUUCAUGCGUUGCGUGACUUUCUCGAACGUUCUCUACGUUUUUGGAUUAUCAUGAAUUUGACGAACUAAGUUUUUUUCCCACGAGCUGGAGUGCUGUGUUUAGUCAUGUGUGACGAAGGUCGAUUUUCAAGUUCUGUGUUUACAAGUUCGUGGAAGCCGUAAGAUAUCUGAAGUUCAAGUGAGAGUUUGUUAUUAUUGACAGAAGCUGUUUAGUUUUACUUAAGUUCAAGUCAAGUUUUUGUUGGCGGAUGCUGUGUUUUAAACUGAGCUCUGCAAAGACUAUGUUCCUUUAUCGUCAGUGAAUAAUUAUCCUCAAAACCUUCGAACUCGUAACAUUGAGGUUUAGCCCAUUCCAUGCGCAACAUUAUUGACUCCUUACCCAUACCUUACAUAUCUUUAAUCAGUACACGAGACUGCUAUGCUGUUUUUGAAGCCUGAUGUGACUAAGAAAAAUAGAGUAUUCUAUUUUCACUGUUUGUUUUGUUAGACUUGUUAUUUAAGGCCAGUAACCUCAUAUUUGACUUAGGUCUAAACGGUUAGACCCAAGUCAAAUUUAGAAGGAUUUGUAUGGAGUCAUCAGAGCAUAAUUGGGCUAAUAUCUAAGAGACAAUUUGUCCUGAAAUGCUAGUUUUUGACAAGUAGGCCUCUUGGAUGUUGCUCUUUUCAGAAUAUCCUGACAUAUCCCAUAAUUUCACAAAUUAACACCUUACUCUUACCAUAUUUCAUUUCUUACUAUUCCUCCGCAUUUACAAUUAAUCUGUUCCGCAACCACGACGCCGAAGUGUACGCUCCAUAGUGUCUUGUUAUUGUUUACUUCGGCGUAGAAUUGCUCGAGCAAAGUGCAGCCGGCUCAUAAUUUUUUAUUUCAUCAGUAAUUUCCUUCUCUACGCACCAAUUCUUCCAAACAGAGAGCCAAAAACCAGUGCUUUUCGCAGUGUUUUCGCUUUUAGAGCAGUUUUUUAGCUCCUCUAUAGUUUUUUCGGUCGCAAAAGCAAAUGUGCUACAAACGCCAACCGUUGCGGUUUUUGCUCGAAACUGGUCUGGAGCGGAUCCAAAUUUUGCGCCAUUUUGAUGGCGCAUUUGAUUGGCUCUCAGUGAGUUCCUUUGUUUAUUAACCUAUCAAAAAGUCACGAUUGUUACUCUUUUCUGUACUCAAUUACCUUUUUUCUGCACCGUGUUACCUAAAAACUGCAUUUCUCUUAGCCAAUCACAAUCGAGAAAUUUUUUUAUGUGUGUAUAUUGUUAAUUAAUUAAUAAUACUUUAUUCAAGUACAUAUAAGCUUAUAAACAUGAUAAAGGUGGACCGCGAGGUUAUCCCUAUAAAAGGUCGCCUAACUGAACUUUAAAAAUAUUAAAAAAUUAUACAAAACGCGUGUACAAAUCAUUGGUGCAGGUACAAAAUGGUAUAGUAAGAAUGAUAUUUAAAUUGAAAAUAUAUACAAUUAAAAUAUGAGCUUCUUUGUCAAUAAAUCUUCAUCCAUCUUUUUAAGCCGUUUUUAGAUUUGUUAACGUUAAAGGAACAGUAUCCCGUUACUGCGCAUGUACCAAACUUUGAUUUUUGGACAGGAUGUCGCGAAAUCAAAAGAUGCGAGGAGAGUAAGAGAACCUUGAAAAAUCCGUUUGCAUCGCGCUUGACCGGGUUCAAUACGACACUAAAACUUCUCAGGAUUACAGAUCAAUGAUAUAUUGUUCCUGUUAAGUUUCGGUUUGGGCAAAAUCUGGAUUUUUUUGGCGUUACUUUUAUUGUCGUUGGCCGGAGGACCAAAAGACUGGAAGCACUUUGAUGCCGAUUGAAGGCUUAUUUCUUGUGCUAGCUUCCAUACAAGCUCGGAUAAUUGUGAAAGGAAUACGCAGAAAUGAAACGGCAACAAUAAAGACUGUAAGAAAGAAACCAUUGAGACAUUGAUGUGACUGAGGAGAUCUUGUGAAGGGGAGCUUCGUAAAGCAAAAUGUUUUGCAACGACGCGUUAGUAAACUUUUUUAAAUGAAUCUCCCUAACGGCCGACAAAAUCAAACAAACAGGCGCUACAUGUUUAGAAAAACUAGUGCCAUGAAAUCAUAAUAUAAGUUUUGACUAACCUUUCUGAUGAUUCAUAGCGUUGAGAUAGCAUUUUUAUUUAUGUCUUUCAAACGUUUGAGGCUAGAACGCGAGCAAAUCAGGCAGAUAUUACUAGACUUGGAACAACUGACCUCUGACACGAGUUUCAAAUUUUAAAGCGAGCGGAACGAGAUUUUCGGGUCGCGAGGCGGCCCAGCUAGCGAUAAAAUCGCGAUAAGUCUUCGAACCGCGAGCCAAAUUUUUAUAUAAGACGAAAGACUUCUUUGAAAGUCUAAAAUAUUACUUGAGAAUAUAAACAACAAAUCUCUGUCGGCGGUGCGGUCCGGGAGGAAAUCUUGUCGAGUCAAUAUGACAGUUCUAUUGUCUUUUGAAGAAAAAACAGAUGACGCUCGCGCGCGCGCAUAAUCGGGACACUGUCCCUUUAAUUUCGUCCGUGAAGAGAUAGUUUGGCAAACUGUUCCAGUCUCACGAAGAAGGAGUACUUUAAAAGAGAGUUAACGUUACCUAAUUUAGUUUGUAUUUUGUAUGGAUGGUUGGCUCUAGUGUUUUUACUUCUACAAAACUCGAAAUAGUCAUCAAAGUCUAGGCCAUUUAGACCAAACACUGUCUUGUAGCAUUCCACCACAGACAGGUAUUCUCUUCGAUGCUGAAGUGUGUUCCAGUUUAGCAAUAUACAUCGUUCUUCUUAUGACAUCUGGCGUAGUUUUUGACCGAGAGCGAUUCCCUCGAUGCUCUUCGUUGUACUUUUUCGAUUGCCAACUUAUCUUUACCUAAAUAGGGCGACCAUACCGGGCAUGCAUAUUCUUGGAUUGGUCUAACCAAGGACUUAUAGAGCAUAGAGAAAAUUUCCCUGUUCUUGCUACCGACUGUACGCUUUAGUAGGCCCACCACUUUGUUUGCUUUAUUUACAAUUGCGUCCACGUGGUUCGACCAGGAUAAGUCUCUUGACACAUGAACACCCAGCUCCUUGCAUGAGUUAACUGAUUCUAAUUCUGUAUUCGAAAGGUGAUAAUGUGAUCAGAAAAGGGUUCACGUACCACUACAUUGUCUAUCAAGUCAGCGUUGGUAGUCAAAACAAGGUCCAGUAUGUUUUGAUCCCUCGUAGGUUCGUCCACUAGUUGAUGCAAGAAGUUGUCCUGAAUUAUGUCCAAGAGUAGUGUACGAUGCUCCGAGCACCUUAGCGAUCGAUUGUUGGCCCAGUCAAAUUCACUUAAAUUAAAAUCUCCGAUUAAUAUCGUGUGUGUGGUGAUGUUACUGAGAGAAUUUUGCAGGUCUUGCAAAACUUUGAGAUUACUAUCGGGCGGCCGGUAAAAUACUCCCAUAGUUAUUUUCCUGUUAUUCGUGGUUGAUACAUCGAUAAACAAAAAUUCAGAUUCGCAGUCGAGGUCUACCCUCGGGGAAGCCUUAAUACAUCCUUUGGUGGCAAUUAGCACCACCUUCUUGCUGCCAGUCUUUCCUAUAAAUACAAUAUUCCCUGCCAAAGAUCUCGAUGUCUGUAAUGGAGCUAUCGAAGCGUGUUUCUGUCAGGACAAUGACAUCGAAAUAAUUGUACACUAUCUUCAUUAGUAAUUUUGCAAUUUUGUUUACGAUACGCCUGGCAUUUGCGUAAAAUACCGAUAGUUUCCUGGCUCCUUGUUUCCGGCUUUGUAAUGGCGGGUUGUUGUCGUCACUGGCAUUACUGGCGCCGUUUCGAUGAGUGUGUCCAGGAUUGGGAUGGACAUCACCACACGAUAAUAUGUAGAGUUCCAUUUGGUAGCUAGCAUCGUGAUUAGAGUAGUAUUUAAUCAUUCGUUUGAGAAAUUGCUUGUGUUGGAUUCUUGAAUCUUGAAUCUAUCUUUUGCUACAUCUGCGUACUUAUGGAGCGGCAAACUCAUGGAAAACACCAAAAAGUCGUGGAAAAUUGUGAAAUUUUUAAAGCUGAUAAGAGUGCAAACCCUAACGAACAAUUCAGUGUUACAAACAAAGUGGGCGGCCAAACUCAGAUUCGUGUGUUCUAUGCAUGAUUUUGAGGCUCCUUUGGUGCCUAUCCUUCGCUAGCAACAAGUGGGGCGGGACCAUACUGCCGCGGUCAUGCCCUGAUUAUUCGGGCAGAUUGUACAAAGCAUAUUGGCUAAGGCUAAGUCUGAUGCAUUGCCUUUCGGUCAGUUUAGAGAAUGCGCGAUUUACACUGCGCAGCGUUGUACUACAAUUCUAAAUUAACACGUCUUUAUGGAAACUAUGGCCGUCAUAGCACAUAAUGAAUGCGCUAGCUUUUAAACACCGUUUUUCUUUGUUUAAUUUAGGUAUGCUUUAGAAAGCCUGGCAGAAAAAAAGUUCACAACCAAAAGUGAUGUUUGGAGCUUUGGUAUAACAAUGUGGGAGAUCUUCUCUUACGGUGGUGACCCUUAUAGUGAUAUCAAAGCUGAAGAGGUGAGCGAAAUUGACGGAAUAGAGCGUGUUAGCUCAUCGUCAUAACCUUAACCUUCUCCUCGCAGGCCAGAUGUAAUCGUAUACCUCAAGAGAAAAGUUGAGCCUUUGGCAAAAAGUAUGCAAACUUUCUGCAAAAUCCUUCGUAACCGCGCAGUUUUGUUGUUGUUUGUUUGUUUUGUUCUUUAUUUUUUCCCUUACGAAGUACUUUUCUCAUGUGGAUAAAUCAGAGUUGUUAUUCCUAACCUUCAUCCAUUAGAUAGCCCUAUCCAGCCAUCGAACAACUGGUAACAGAACAAAGCCCUUUUGUUAAGACGUUAAUCAGAACGGAACGUUAAUUAGCCUGCGAACAAGCUCUCCAUUUAGGGUGGUCGCGAGAAGUCAUGCGAGAGCCGCACUCAAAAGGAGACGCGAACUAGUGCGAUGGGCGAGUUUCUCCGUCCCUCUCGUGGCUCGCUUGGCUCGCCAUAAUUAGAGACCUCGCUCGUAGCUUAAUCGUGAAUUCGCUCAUGUGACAUUUUGUUUAAUGUCGCAAUCGUGGUUCCUUGUUCUCCAUUAACUCUAACCUUCUUCAUAUACAUUCAUUUACAGCUUCAUGCCUUUCUGGAAAGAGGAAGUCGACUCUCUUGUCCAGAGAAGUGUCCGCAGGACAUUUACAAAGUUAUGCAGACAUGCUGGCUCAAAGAUUCAGCGAAAAGACCUACCUUUUAUUAUCUCCACUUUAAUUACUUGGCGAAUUGUUCGUCUGAAUAGAAAAACAAUUAACCAUUAAGUUAUUUUGCUAUCGGUAAUUUUCCACGUUAAAGAUAGAUUCGUGCCAUGUUUCUUUGACGUUCCUUUUAUUAGAAUGUUGCUUUCAUUGUUUCAUAGUACAGUAAAAACCCGCGAGUAAGAACCUGUUAGGCUAAAAUUUGCCAGUUAGGCCCCUCUAUGCAUGAACCUGUUUAGCCUAAAACUUAAAACAGCUUCUUGUAUUGUAAAAUCUAAAAAGAAAAAUUCUCAACAUUCAGUAUCCCUUUGAAGACUAAAGGUGCCUUAUAUGUGGUAUACAGGUUUUACCUAAGGAAUGAGCUGAAUACCACUAAAUACUAUUAGGUACAAGGUUGUUUUUGUCUUUUCAAAAAAUAAAUAAGAACCUGAAUUGCCUAAAUUUGUGCCAUAAACCAUAUAUUUAAGAACCUGUUUAGGCUAACUUGGGAAAUUGCAGGUUCUUAGUUGCGGGUUUUUACGGUAUUCAAAGACCUUUUCUAUCGCACUUUCAUGUGUUACAAUCCUUAAAAAUGUAUCAAAAUAUUUUCAAAGGACAAAUUCUUUCCCAAUGUAAACAAUAAAUCCUACCCAGUUAUGCGUUAUGUUUAAAUUUAUUGAGAAAACCGGCAUCAAGCAUAAUUUAAAGUAGAUGAUAAUUCAAACUUAUUUUUUAGCCGCAUAAUAUGUUUAGCAUUGUGUUAUGUUGGGGUCGCGGGCCUAGUACGCACCAGUACGCAGUUCGUGAAUAAAAAAAUGUCCAAGAUAAAUAAGCAAAGCAAAAAUAGAAAAACAAAGCAAAGGAAUAGUGGGUAAUUAACUAAGGGAUAGGUGAAAAACGGUGAAAAUGUUCACUAUGUAACUCUUUUUUGUCAGUCAUUUCUGGACGAGUUGGGCAUACCGUAUUUCCUCGAAUAAUAGCCAGGGGCGAUUAUUUCUUUUUUGGCACAAAAAGGGGGCGAUUAUUCGUGGGAAGGCGCAUAUUCGAGGGAGGCGAUCAUUUCAAGUAUUGUUCACUGGAAGUCGUGCCCUAAAUAUUUUGUUUUAUUUUCCCAUUAAACCAAAAAAUAAUCACAUCAAUCAAACUGAACAUGGGCUUUUUAACUGUUCCAAAUUUAGUCCCUUGUUAAUUUUCAGAGCUUGAAUCGUCACUGAUCAGUUUUGCUGGAUCACAUCGUACUUCAACUUUACAGGGAGGAGAUAAAGGAAGAGAAGAUGGCGAGAGGGGCGAUUAUUUUAAGUAUUUCCGUCAAUGGCGGGCGAUUAAUCGAGGGACGGCUAUUAUUCGAGGAAAUACGGUGAAAGUGUCCCGUUUUUCUACGUAAGACGCACUUAACAGAAGACGUUAUUUAAUGUCGUGAGACGUUAAAUGCGCCUGUCUUCUUUACCGUUUUUACACUAUCUACGUCCCUAGACUUUUACGGGAAACAACAUCGUCCAUCAUCCGCAAACUAUAAAGGAGUUAGAAUGGUCUUGUUCAGCGCAACUAACAACCACAGAGACAUCCUGAUUAGUGGUUGAAUAGCAAGACUAUUAGAAAAUGUCAUUUUGUAGUAAGUAGCUAAAAAAGGCUCUUUAAGCCUCUAAACAAUUUUGUACCGGAUGAUUCAUAAUGUUUUGGUAGUAUUUAGUUAAGCCGAGACAACGUGAAA